AUGUACAAGAACGCCCAGCAGAGAGCCGCAUGUGCAUACCCUGUUUUUGAAUUCUGGAAGCACGCCGGCAGAAUCAAACCAUCACAGGUCAGUCGCCCUCGCCCCAGCAACUGCCCGGCUACACCUCUGCUAACGUACUCGCAUCCACAAUUCAGAAGAUCCCGCGACAGCUAUAUCAGUGCCCUACUAAUCACCAGUCGUGGCCAGCUCGCCGCCACACCCUGCACAGCCUCGCGACGCACGGUCUGUCGCCACACGAUCUUCUUCACUGACGCUUGGCAAGGAUGCUGCACUGAUUGCAAGUGGCCAGACAGAACGUUCGAAUACUCCCUGACGAUUGUCGAAUUCCAGGAGCAAGGCGCUGCUACAAAUGCUGUCCUUCCUCUUCUCCACGACUUUAACCUUGGCAUCGAAGAAACUAAAACAACAGCAGUGACGGUCUUGAUUAGAAAAUGUCGAGAGAUUUCGGGUCCAACAAAUAUCACAGAUGAUAUGUUGGGAAUUCGAUAUCAUGUCAGAUAUACAUAGUCAAGGGUAAAUCUCGAUGUACUUGCUAAGCAGUUUCAUCGGUUCGAGCUCCGCAACUCAAUGCGCCGGCCACUCCUUUUCUGCGCCGGCCAGGGUGCCUAGUGAUCAGAAUCUUGACACCUUUGCUCUCCACAAGAAGCUCUAUUAUGAGUUUGCGUCGGUGAAAUCACCGCCAUCAUCAUCAAAAUAGCCAUCACCAUCAGUUAGUCCUCCAGCACGUGUCUCUUUGGCAUCGAAAUAAGGAUAAUCUUCGUC